AUGGCGAAAGUCUCGUACCCGCACUAUGCGUGGGCCUUCGGCCACGCCCUCGUCCUCGCCGGCACCGUCCACACCCUCCUCGGCGUCGUCACCUUCUCUGGCCGCUCAAAGUCGUACUACCUCGCGUACGGCGGAGCACUCGUCUCGUGGGGCAUCGUCGUCUACAAGAGCCUGGGCGCACCGCAGCUGAACAAGGCGUACAUCCAGCGGGCACUGCUGGACGAGAACGUCCAGUACCUCCUCCUCGCCCUGUACUGGUUCCUCCAGAAACCCAUCUACGUCACCCUCAUCCCCUUCGCGACCUUCUCCCUCUUCCACACCCUCACCUUCCUUCGCACUUCCGUCCUCCCCAAGCCGCCAGCGGCCGCUGCCAAGUCUGGCUCGACUGCUGCCGCGCAGCCUGCGACCCCGGGCGCAAAGGCUUCGAAGCUGAUCCAGACGUGGGUCAAGGCGAACUAUGAAAAGGCGAUGCUUUUCGUCGCCUUCGUCGAAGUAGUCGUCGUCUUCGGCCGCAUCCUUCUCGGCGCAAUCACCUUCCAAAACUCCCUCCUCUCCCCCUUGUUCUUCGCCCACUUCCUCCGCCUACGAUACUACCUCUCCCCGCCCACGCGCCAGGCUUUCUCGUGGGUUUCGGCGCAGAUCGAUCAUGCGACGGCGAAUCCCAAGUGUCCGCCGCAGGUUAGGAAGGGCGUCAACUUUGCCAGGGAGCUCAUCAUCCGCUACUCCGAAUCCGUCAUCUCAGUUCAGCAACCCGGCGCCGGUGCCGCAGCCGGAGGAGCAGCAGCAGCGGCAGCAGGCGGACCCGAAGCGCGUCGUAACCGCUAG